AUGCGAGUUCAAACACUGCUUGUUCUGCCCCUUGUGUCAGGCGUGUUUGGCUCGUCGUUCGACUUGCUUCAGCAUCUGGGGAACUUGUCGCCUUACUUUACGCCUCCCACUCCCCAUGGCGUUAAUGCGGCUCUCCCGGACGACGCGACCGUUAAGCAGGUCAUGCUGAUGGCUCGUCAUGGCAGUCGGUGGCCGCUCACCGGUGAAUUGGCGUACAUUCAAAAUCUGACGACCAAGCUGGCCGGGGCGACCGAGUAUAUCGCAAAGGCGCGGCUUCCCUCGAGCAUGGAGUUCCUUAAGGAUGGAUACAAGACCACUUUGGGUGCGAACAACCUCACGGCCAUCGGACGGCGGCAAAUAUUCGACCACGGUGUUGACUUCAAAAUGAAAUAUCCUCAGUUGAAAGCCACGAAUGUACUUGCCGGCAACCAGGAUCGUGUUGUCGAAUCUGCUCAAUGGUUCGCGCGUGGAUUCUUUGGCCGCUACUGGAACGAAAAAGUCGAUCUCAUCAACGAAGACACGGUCACCAUUAGCUGGAUUACCCCGAUGGACACAUGUCCGCUUUGGCAGUACUCGUAUGGACAAAAGGCUGUCGAUACCUGGGGCGCAGUCUACCUGCCACCGAUUACCAAGCGUCUAAACAAACUCCUUCCUGGCGUCAACUUGACCAUUGGCGAUACCCAUGGCGCGUUGUACGCGUGUGCCUACGACCAUGCGGCCUAUGGUGUCUCCCCGUGGUGUGAUGUUUUCAGCAAAGACGAGAUUCUCGACUUUGAGUACGAACUAGACCUACUUAUGGACAACGCUUUCGGGUACAAUCUUCCCGGUAUUAUGGGCCCCACCCUUGGCACGCUGUUCGUCAACAAGCUCAUUGAGCGCUUCACUGGCGGCACACAAGAGAUGUACAUCGAGUUCGGCCACGACACAACCAUUGAUAUGGCCCUUGCUGCUUUGGGGUUAGCCAAGGACAAGAAGCCUCUCCCUUCGAGCGGCCCCGUUCCUGCCAACCGCGCCUUCAGGACGUCGUACCAGGUUCCGUUUGGCGCGCAAAUGGUCUGGGAGAAAUUUACGUGCAAAUCUUCGUGCUCUGGUCCUCAAAUUCGCCUCCCUUUUGAACGACGCGCCGUUCCCGCUGUCGAUCUGUUCCAAGACUAA